AUGUCAGGACAUGAACGAUCCCUAACACAGAUCAAGUUCAACCUCGAGGGAGACCUCUUGUUCACCUGCUCGAAGGACAGUGUUAUCAACGUAUGGUACUCUCACAACGGUGAACGACUAGGAACGUACGAUGGACAUAACGGAACAGUUUGGACGGUGGAUGUGGACCUUGUAUUGAAGGGCCCUCGAUUUCACCCAGCAUCGACACAAUAUAUGAUUUCCGGAUCUGCCGAUAACGCUAUGAAGCUAUGGGAAGUUUCGACCGGCAAAUGCUUGUACACCUGGGAGUUCCCGACGGCAGUGAAGCGCGUAGCUUUCAACGAGGACGGGACCCAGGUGGUUUGCAUCACAGAACAACGAAUGGGAUACCAAUGCGCCAUCCGAGUCUUCAGAAUCAACAAAGAUGACCCCAAGAACCAAUCGAAGGAGCCAUUGUACAUGUUCAACCCUAUCGGCUCAAAGGCAACCGUCUGCGCCUUCACCCUCACCCCUAACAUCAUCAUCACUGGCCACGAGUCAGGAAAGGUCGCCCUUUUCGACGUCAAGUCUGGAGAAGAGAUCAAUAACAACGAGCGCGCUCAUGGUGAUGUGAUCACCGAUUUGCAGCUUAGCAAGGACCGAACAUACUGCAUCACCAGCAGCAAGGAUAAAUCCGCCCGUAUACAUGAUACCAAAAACCUGAUGGUCAUCAAAACCUUUACGACGGAAACGCCUCUAAACAGUGCCGCGAUCGCCCCUAAUCGCCCUUAUGUUCUCCUCGGUGGUGGACAGGAAGCUAUGAACGUCACGACAACAUCCUUGCGACAAGGAAAGUUCGAAACUCGGUUUUGGCACAAGGUGUUCGAGGAGGAGAUUGGCCGAGUGAAGGGUCACUUCGGUCCUAUCAACACCAUUGCCAUCCACCCCGCCGGCACUGGAUACGCAUCUGGGGGAGAGGACGGUUUCGUGCGGGUGCACCACUUCGACGAGUCAUACUUCAAGGCCAAACCAUACGGAGACCUGGAAAUAAUUGAUUAG